AUGAAUCUGAUUAAGUGGUUGCUUCCUCUGCUUGGGUACUUGGUGGGCUGCCAGGGCAGUAGCAAGGUAAUUGAUUCCGCUGAGCUGGUGACAAAUCCUUGCCAGGAGAUACGCCUGGCUGGCUUUGUAUGCGUGGACUGCUCCACGCUGGGCUUCUGCUCGCAUGUGGAUGGGCAGUGGCAAACGGUGUCUAUGACAACCUGCCAGUCGGAGCGCGGCUUCUUUUGCAACGAUGAGGGCUCCAUCGGCUGCACCUGGCAGCCGAAAUGUCAGGUGCCUGUGCGCGGCAAAUUCUACUGCCAACAGCCGGGCAUAUUUCCGGAUCCGUACGAUUGCCGCAGCUAUCACGAGUGCAGUGAACAGAACGUGGACACGCCACGUCAAUGCACCAAUGGUGCUGCCUACUCCCUGCUCACCAACAGCUGCAGCUUGCCACGGGAGAGCGAGCUGUGCUCGGAGAAACAAUACACCUGCAACUAUGUCGGUCAGACAGGCGCCUGGGCUGCCCACAAGAGCUACUACUAUAUCUGCCAGAAGGACAAGGUCGGCACUCAGGAUGUCUUCUACCCACUGAUGAUGAAGUGCAGCGACGGCUACAGCUUUAAUAACCACAGCUGCGUCUCAGAUGCCAAGCUCAAGCAAACCGAGCCUGCUAAGCUGUUGGCCGACUGCGAGGAGGGCGUUGUCUACCCCGCGGAUACGGCUGAGGGCUACUUCUACUGCGUCGAUGGUCAGAGAGUCUAUCAAAGUUGUGCCGUCGACCACUAUUUCGAUCCGGUCACAGGUAUUUGCCUGAAGGAGUCAAAGACCUGUGAAGAGGGCAAUUUUUAUGCCGCAGAAACGAAAUAUGGCUUCAAUGUGUGUGCCAAUGGCCAGUUGAUCUACCAAAGAUGCCCAGCGGGAUCCGUCUACGAUCCGAGUCGCAACACUUGCCGCAAGGAGCAAGAGACUUGCGAGGAAUCUAAGCUCUAUGCCGCUGAAACGAAACAUGGUUAUCUCCUGUGCCAAAAUGGCCAACUUAUGAGCUACGAGUGCCCCAAGGGUUCCAUCUUUGAUGGCAUCAGCGCUGUCUGUGAGCCAGAGCAUAUAUAA